AUGCCACGAUACGGGCAGCAGGGGGGGGAGGCCGCCAGCGGCGCAAACCAGAUGGCGACGGAGGAAGCGGUAACCCGGCAACCAGCACCAGAGCCCGUUGACAUGCAAGAGCUGCGAAUGAUGAAGGAGCGGUUCGCGAAGCUGUUACUGGGCGAGGACAUGUCGGGCGGCUCCAAAGGCGUGUGCCCCGCACUCGCCAUGUCCAACGCCAUCACCAACCUCUCAGUGUCGCUAUUCGGCGAGGGCAUGCGGCUGCGGCCGCUAUCGGCGGACUGCAAGCGGCGGUGGCGCAUGGAGAUGGGCAUCAUGCUGUCCGUGUGUCAGCACAUCGUCGAACUCGUGCCGCAGACACAAACCAUGCCCGACGGCUCCACGCAGGAGGUGAUGGUGACGAAGCAGCGGGACGACUUGCGGCAGCAGUUGCCUGCUCUGCGCAAGCUGGACGACAUGCUGCUGGAGAUGUUGGAUGAGUGCAACAGCACCGAGUACUGGUACUCGCAGGAGCGCCCCGACCCCGUCGCCAACGGCGCUGUAGAUGCAGGCCACAAGGCCGCGGGCUCCUCGUCACGGCGCAACCCGCGCCACCGCGACGGGUGCACGUGCGCGGACUGCCUUGCAGACGCUGACGACGACGACGACGGGUACGGCGGCGGAGGAAAAAAAGGGUCCAAAGGCCGAGGGGGAGGGGGCGGCGGCGGCAGCAGCAGCGGCGGUGGGGGAGGCGGCGGGGGAGGGGUGAUGCGGGAGUCGAAGACGGGCAAGUGGUGGCGGCCGGUGCCGCGGGUGCCGGUGUGUGGGUUGAGUGAGGGGCUGCGCAAGCACCUGGAGCACCAGAUGGAGAAGGCGGCGCAGAUUGUGAAGCUUGCCAUGGCCAUCAACACACAGGCGCUCGAGGACAUGGCUGUUCCUGCUGCUUACACCGACAACCUGCCGAAGUCGGGGCGAGCGGCUCUGGGCGACCAGAUCUAUUCGGUGAUAAUGAGCAGCAGCUUCAGUGUGGACCGGGUGCUCGACACAGUUGAUCUCACCAACGAGCACGCUGCGCUCAAGCUCGCCUGCCGCCUCGAGGCCGCUGUCUACCACUGGCGCAAGAUGGCCCCGCCCCUCCCCACCAGGUCUCCCCAGCUGACGCACUCAAUGAGCGGGCACUAUUCAAGCUCUGGUCCGCUGGGGCGAGACGUGUCCAAGUUUGAGGAGAACGCCAACCGAGCAGAGGCGUGCCUGCGCAGCAUCAAGGACCGCUGCCCCUCUUUGCCGCAAACCACUCUCGACACCUCCAAAAUCCUCUACAACACGGACGUGGGGAAGGCGGUAUUGGAGAGCUAUUCGCGAGUGCUGGAGGGCGUGGCAUCGAGUGUACGCACGCGCAUUCUGGACGUGCUACAUGCGGACUACCUCGCACACAACCCCGACGAGCAUUCCCAAGACCGCCCCCUGCCGUCCCGAGUGGACGAGCACCCGCCGCAGCAAAUGAGAGAGCGCCACCUGGACUUCAGCCUGCACAUCCCCGACAGCGCGUUUGACGCGGCCUCGGAUUACGACGAGACGGGGUCCGUGUAUUCUGAUUGGAGCACGCCGAAUCUCACUCCCUGGUCGCGGAGGGUGUCGUCGCGUCGCGGAGCCGGUGCUCCGGUGUUCGUCUACAUCAUGGCGUUACAGGCGCUCCAGCAAUUCUUCCAGCAGCCUUAUUCCCCGCCGGUCACCCUAGGGCUCAUCGCGUUGAUGACGGGAAUUCACUUUCGACCUGCAGGGUUUCUGGAGGAUAACCUUCCGUACGUGUCGGAGAUUUGCAUGAAUCCUGCUCUCGUCGUCCAGGAGCGCAACUGGCGGCGGCUCGUACUGAGCGUGCUGUUCCACGCGGACGACGCGCAUCUGAUAUUCAACAUGGUCUCGCUCCUCUGGAAGGGCGUGCACCUCGAGCGCCGCCUCGGCUCGCCUCGCUUCGCAGCCCUCGUGGCCGCCUUCGCGCUCCUCUCUCAGUCCCUGCACGUCGCUGCUGCGCGUGUGCUGUCUGACGUGCUCGCGAUACACACGCCUUUCUACAGGGAAUGCUCCGUGGGGUUCUCAGGAGUGCUUUUCGCUCUUAAAACCGUCAUGAACGCGGAUUCACCCACUUACUCGUCUGUUUACGGGUUUGUGCUGCCCACUAAGUACGCAGCAUGGGCAGAGCUGCUGCUGAUACAGCUGCUGGUUCCGGAAGCUUCUUUCCUAGGGCAUCUGUGUGGAAUCCUUUCUGGCCUAAUCUACCUCCAUGGGACUUCCCUCCUGCCGCGCUCUGCUCGCCCCUCCGCCUUCCUGUCCACCCUUGCUGCGCCGCUGCUCACGCUCUUCCCGUUUCUGCGCAGCUCUCGAGGGCGCACAUGGGCUUCAGGGCAGUCAGGGCAGGCUGCCAGGGGGGGAACAGGGGGCUGGAGACCAAGUGCAGGAGCAGCAGGAGGAAGAGGUGCAGGUGGAGGUGGAGGUGGGGGUGGAGGUGGGGUUGGGAGGGACGGGGCAUCAGCAGGUGUAGGUGGCAUAUGGAGUUGCCCUGCAUGCACGUAUGACAAUCCAUGGCAGGCUGUGCGGUGUGCCAUGUGUGAGGGAGCACGGCCAGCAGGGGGGAGAGAUGUUGGGGGAGGAUGGAUAGAUGGGUAUGGAAGGGACACUGCUCCUUCUGCACCUACUUUUCCAGAGGGGCAGGAAGAGGAGAAUAGUGGAGUAGAGCAGCAGCAACCACAGCAACCUCUCAGGCAGCAAUGGCAUGUCAGAUCUGCAGAGGAGCUUAGAGCAUUGAGAUUACAAAGAUUCGCUAGGUGA